AUGUCUUUGUCGUGGAAGUCGUUGAAUGUGAACAAAGCCAUAGUCAGUGUCAUAAAGAAGUCACUGAAGUUCAAGAGGAUGACAGCGGUUCAGUCGGCGGUCAUCCCUCUGUUUGUGGCCAACAAAGACUGUGCCGUCGGAGCCGUCACCGGAAGUGGGAAGACAUUGGCGUUUGUGAUACCAAUCAUUGAUAUACUGUUGAGGAAAACCACGAGUGAUCAGAUGAGUGACACGGACGUCGGCGCCAUUAUAUUGAGUCCCACCCGAGAGUUGGCUCAACAGACAUAUCAAGUGCUCAACCAUUUCAUUGUCGACAACCCAUCCAUUCCUCUGAAGGGAAUGCUAUUAAUUGGCGGAACAAAUGUGGGACAGGAUGUCGAGCGGUUCACCACUAAUGGCGCCCAUAUAGUGGUCUCAACUCCGGGACGUCUGUGCGAUAUGUUCUCCAAAUGCGAUCUCUUCGCCAGUCGUGUCCGCAAAUGUCUGGAAGUGUUUGUCUUAGACGAGGCCGACCUCAUCCUUAGUCUCGGGUUUGACACCGCAUUGAAUACCAUUUUGUCUUAUUUGCCAAAACAGCGAAGAACUGGUCUUUUCUCUGCGACACAAACCAAGAAAUUGGAUCAAUUGAUUAGAGCGGGUCUUCGGAAUCCAGUCAAAGUUGAGAUCAAAGAGAAAACCACCGAACAGUCGACUGCCGAAGAAUGUCUUCAAAUGCCGCAAACUCUGCAAAACAGUUACGUGUGUCUCAAGUCAUGUGAGGAGAAGUUGGCGUUUGUCAUACAGUUUGUGAGGCGCGACCUGAACGCCAAAUACCUGGUGUUCACGUCUACCUGCGCUCAAGUGAACUACUUCUCGAAACCCAUCUCCAAAUUCAUUCAGAAAAAGGCCAAAAGUUUUGUUGUUUUAAAAAUUCACAGAAAACUAAAGAAAAGCCGACAAAAGAUUUUCGACGAAUUCAGAGAAAGCAAAAGCGGUUUACUUUUGUGCACUGAUGUGAUGAGCAGAGGCGUUGAUAUACCACAAGUCGAUUGGGUCUUACACUUGGAUCUGCCCAACACUAUCGAGGAUUACGUGCACCGAUGCGGUCGAAGCGCUCAUCAAAUGGGAGUUAACGGCAAUUCUCUGGUCAUUGCGUUACCCAAUGAAACACAAUUCAUUGAUUUGUUGCAAUCAAAGGGAUUAGAAGUGAAUCCAUUUGACGAUUCUCUUACUGUCGACUCAACUCUCAAACAAAAUAUCAUUGAUUUCGUGAAAAGAGAGUCGAGAAGAGAUCAAAAUUAUUACGAACUCGGAAUGCAAUCAUUUGUUUCAUUCAUUAGGACUUACAGUUCAAAGCACUGUAUGUCCAGUAUUUUGUAUAAGAAGUUAGAUAUCAAUGAUUUAGCCAAUGGUUAUGCAUUGCUUAAAGUGCCAGUUAUGCCUGAAUUAAAACACAGACCCAGAGGUAAAACAGUGUUUAAUACCUGUGCGGAAGAUAUAAGAAUAGCCAAAAACUUUAAGAAACAAAGCUUUUUAGCAAAAGAAUCGUCCGAAAAGGUGGAUAAAAGGCCCGUAAAAGUGGUGUCAAAAAAUGCUUCACGUAUUAAAAAGUGUAAAUUGAAAGGAAAGCGCAAAAAGGAAUUCAUCGAUGAGUUAGAUCUGCAAGAGUUGGCCGAAGACUCGAGGAUUGUUAAGAAACUCAAGAAAGGCAUCAUUUCUUCGCAACAAUUCGAUCAACACUUCGGCCUUUAA